GUCAGCUGAGCUGCCGGGGAGUGAAAACGAAGGAUGCAGUGAAAGUGUCAGGGGAUGCCUCCAAGAUUUUAUAUAUAUAUUUGUGAAUUCAGUCCUCCAAAUGGAAGAAACUAAAGAGAGCAUAGUGUACAAAGGUGUUGCUGAGAGGCUGACACUUGGCAUCACUCGAAUACUAGAAAACAUGCCAGGUGUGGUGGAUGUGCGUUUUGCAGAGAGGGAGCCUGCAGAGAAGAGGAGCCUGCUGUCAUGGGAACAGAAAAACACGUGUAUUUUACCAGAGGAUCUGCGAGACUUUUAUCUGACAACAGAUGGAUUCACAUUAACCUGGAGUGUCAAACUGGACAAUGAGUGUGUUCCUUUAGGAUGCAUGAUGAUCAACAGCGUGGGGAGGCUGUGUCCACUGCUUCAACCGGUAUCGCUUUUCUCUCUCCCCAAUGCACCCUCGCUGGCUGAUCUGGACUGGGAGGAAAGCAGCGCAGAAAGUGGAAUGGCCAGUACGCCUGUUGCACCUCACUUUGACACUCAAAGUCGCAUCUUCGAGCUCGAUUCCUGCGGUGGAAAUGGAAAAGUGUGCCUGGUCUACAAAAAGUGCACGCCAGGAGUGGUAGCCCAGAAGAGUGAAAUCUGGUUCCUGGACCGCUCUCUUUCCUGGCAUUUUUUGACGGCAACCUUUACCUCCUAUUAUCGACUGAUGAUAACCCACCUGGGUCUGCCUGAAUGGCAGUACACCUUCACUCCUUACGGCCCAAGCCCCCAGGCUAAGCAGUGGGCAUCUCUCUACCAGCCCCUGACUUUCAGCUGUGACCUCAGCCAGGCAGAUCCUGCUGGAGAUUCCUUUCUGAACAAGCUGGAUCCUAUCAUGGCCUUCAAAGGCAAAGCCAAGGUGCCAGCUCCCAAGAAGAAGCAGUCAAGCCAGGGCAACUCAGGAGAAGGACAGACUCCUCACUCGCGGGCCCCCGACCCUGUCCAGAGUGCGCUGGGUGAUGCAUUUCCACAAAGGCCUUGUAUAUCCCUGCACCCAGAACUCCUCCAAUGAGGGGGGCGAUGAGGGGCACCCACCACCACCCAUUUCCAGAUCUGUGCAGAUGAAGACACAAACCCCAAGUAGUUAGAGGGUUCAAACAAAAAUAAAGACUUUCCAUGAGCUAAAGUUAAAUUGGCUUGUCAUAAUUGUGAACUUUUCCCCUCUCCCAUUUAAAAAGAGUCAAUCUAAAAAAGCCUGGUUUUUACCUGAACACGUCACCGCCCCAGCCUGCUAUGGCAGUGAAGAUCCUGGGUGCGAUGUCUCUGGUGGGGUUAAUGGCAUAGCCGCUGUUGCUGCCCAGAGAAAUGCCGAUGAGUAUCACCAGGAGACCCACGGCAAUCGGCUCGCAGCCCGCGGCAACCGGUUUGUUCUUCUGGUCUGAUAGAGCCAUCAGACACAGCAGCAGCAUCGCUGUGCCAAACACCUAGCACACAGCGUGGACAUCAGUAAACACUCACAUUUCCAUAAUGAAAUGCACAUAAAAAUGUGUUUGCACUUUAUCAAAAUUAAAAUAGUGUAAAGACAUAUUAAGUGUUGAAACAUUCAUUUGUUGUUUGAUGACAUAAGCUCAUUAUAGGCCUAAAUGUGGAUUGGCUUUUGGUAGUGUGC